AUGUGAAAUCAGAUAUGACGAUAGUUCUGAUAAACACUCCCACUGUGCCACCCUUGCUUGCCACAUCACAGGGAGCCCUUUGGCAGAGCGAGUCUACUAAAGUCAAGGCGGUCGACUGUUCGUCUCUUUGCGCUCUACCUGGCAACGCCCUACACAGAGAGAGGAGCCGCUGAACCGGUUUGCAGAACUGCUCCUCAUCCAGAGCACGGUCUGCAGAAGGUGACCAACAUGGAGGAUGCUGCAGGAUCUGAGACUGGUACAAAACCAAAGAGCAUAAAGAAGGAGAAGGAUGCUGUUCCCACUGCCGGACAUUCACAUAGCUUCAGAGUGAAAUUCAGUCCUUCUGACCGCAAUGAACACGCUAUAAACUGUGAUCAACCUGGAACAGUGCUGCAGGCGAUACAAACAUGUCACAAAUAUGAAAAGCGGUUUUCAGAUAAAAACCUUGUGAUUCAGCUGUGUAAAAAGGAUAGGGAAUAUGCUAUUGCAACACAUUUCCCUUGUACUUGUAUCAGGGAAGGUGUGUGUCUGAUCUUAUCGCAUGGAAGAGAAAAGACUGAAGAGACCCAAGUCCAAAAUGAGGAACCAAUACAGUCAGAGGAAAUGUAUUCUGUCUUCUGUAUUGAUACAGUGGGAGGAGAAAACACCAGAACAAAGAAGUUUAUCAGAAGCCAUGCUUUCAAUAGGUUCAAGUAUCUGUGUGUGUAUGGGGAGAAGGGUAUGACAGUGGAGGACGCUCUGAGAAGAGAUGGACGCUUCAUUGAUGAUCUUGGAAACUUCACUCUGUCUGACAACAAGGAUCCAAUGAAAAGCACUGGAUGUACCCAACCUGUUGAUAACCUGCAUGGAAAAGAAUUCAAGUUGUGUCUUGUGCGUAACAAAAAAGUCAGAGAAGAAGUAAAGAAGAGAAUAGACGUCAUCCUGAAAACAAUGGAAAACAAUACAUUGAGUGUCAAAGAUUUUGUGGAUCGUGUCACAGCAGAGAACGAAUUUGAGGGAAAGAGUGCUAAGAGUGUCGAGUUUGACAAGAUUGAUGAUUUACUGCGGAAGCAGUGUGCAGAACAGAAUGAAUCGAUUAUGAGGAGAUUCCCAGGUGAUUCUUAUCAGGAGACACUGGACCUGAGGAAGGAAGACUUUGGAAAGAUCCAACAGUCGUUCAGCGACGUUCACAGACUCAGAGAGCUGAUAACACUGGGCGAGUCAGUUUGCAAAGUGGUUGUUAAAGGUGUUUGUACAGGAACAGGGUUUGUGUUGUUUGACAACUACAUCUUGACUAACGCACACCUGUUUGACAAUUGUGUUGAAGGAGAAGGAAACAAAAAGCUGAAAGAUGGUACAGAGGUGUAUGUUCUCUUUAACUUUGAAGAACAGCACAUAAAUGUCAAACACUUUAAGCUGGCUCACCGUUACAUCUGCUACUGUCAUGAUGAGCUUGAUUAUGCCAUACUUCAGCUUGAGCCUGACGGCCACAAAUACAACCCAGAAACAAAUGAAGUCACAGAAGAGAAUGUGCCACCAGGGCUCCUGGAGAGGUUUGGUCCAAAGCCUAAGAGUGGUGAAGCCUGUAUCAUUGGUCACCCAGGUGGAGGAGUGAAAAAACUGGAUCCAAUAUCUAUCAUUGAGAUAGAAAACAGGGUGAAGGCUGUUGAAGAUCAUUUAGAGCCAUACAAAGGCACUGCUUUUGUUGUCCACAUAAUCGAUGAAAUCAAAAAUCAAGGCAUUGAAAAUAUAUUGGUAGGUGGAAAUAGAGCAGAGAAAGUAACAACCUACAACACCUCCAUGUAUCACGGCUCGUCUGGAUCCCCAGUGUUUGAUGCUCAGUGCAAGGUUUUUGGUUUGCACACCUCAGGAUACGUUUACGAUUUUCCAAAGGACACUAAGAGUGUGAUAGAGUAUGCCCAACCUCUGCUAACUAUCUUUGCACACUUUGUGAGUAAACUGAGGGAGCAUGGGGAGGAGGAGCGGUUGAAGAGAGUUAAGGAAGUAGCAAAGGGAAACUCAGACCUAAAAAAGAUACUCAAAAUGAUACUUUGGCACUUUGAUGACUGAUUAGAAAGAUUAGA